AUGUCCGCAGCCAAUUCGUCUAAAAUUUUUAUAGGAAGCAUUCCGAAGGACGUUACAGAGGAAGAACUAAAAGCAGAGACUUCUAAAUAUGGAACGAUAACUCAAGUUUACUAUGUGCCAGCUACGGCUCAAAGCCCUAGAGGAUGGGCAUUCAUAACAUAUGAACAGAGGUCUGAAGCAUAUAAAGCUAUCGAGGCUCUAGAUUAUAAAUGUAUAUUUCCAAAUAGCCAGAGACCAUUAGAUGUAAGAUUCGCUAGCUACAAACAUAAUACGACCAAUGAAACACCAACAACAACUAAUAAAAACAUAUGGCAGAAACAUGUAACAUCUGAUGGACAUCCAUAUUAUUACAAUACCUUAACGGGUCAUUCCCAAUGGGAAAAACCAAAAGAAACCAUCAUUCCUGCAACAAAUUUUGUAGGGAAACCAAAUACUGUCGCUUCAUUUGGACCCCCGGGUGCGAAUGUUUUUGUUUUUCAUUUACCUUCACAUUGGACUGAUUUGGAGUUGUAUCAGCAUUUCCAGCAUUUCGGAUAUGUAGUUAGCGCACGAAUUCAAAGGGAUUCAAAUGGAAGAAAUAAGGGAUAUGGAUUUGUGAGUUUUAACAACUCAGAAUCAGCUUUAAAUGCAAUUAAAGGAAUGCAUGGAUUUCAUGUUUCAGGAAAACAUUUAAAAGUACAGUUAAAAAAAGGGGAAGAACAGUAUGUACAAUUAAAUGCACCGGUGCAACCCCAAUUUACUCCUGGACAACCUUACACGGUGCAACAACCAAUUAUGGGGAAUCAUCAUCAGCCAUAUAUGCCGCCUGUGGUAUAUGGAAAUGUGGAUUCUUCCAAUCAGAUGAGAUAUAAUAACACGUAUUCCUUGAGUAGGUAG